AUCAACCGGUUAUCGUUGAGCAUCCUUUCGACCCGACCCUUGCCUCAGAAGUUUUUGAACUUGAGAUACUCUCUGUUCCCUACCGACAUCAUGCCAAAGGCGAGCAAAGCAGGUUACUAUGCUGGAUGAAUGCGAAGCCCAAGUCAAGGGGUUCAAAGGGGCCCAACACAAGAAGUUUCCCACUCAUGCCCAAGCUUUGGAAUACAUCGGCCAAGGCAUCUCAUCAGAACCUGCACCCUAUACCAAACCCAUCCCUUCACCACCUAUCGCGACCGCUCAACCUAGAACGAACCGGAAGAUCUCCCCUGCACUAUCUGCUGCUGAGUCCCUGGCAGUAAAAGAAGGCUAUACGGUCUCUCCAGAAGGGUUCCUUGUAGUCUACUGUGAUGGCAGUUCGUUAGGGAAUGGGAAGCAGGGAGCGAAAGCCGGGUUGGGGGUCUUUUGGGGUAUGGACGGGGAGGCCGAGAGGAAGAACUUGGCCGAGGCUCUACCAGGCGUCUUGCAGACGAACAACCGGGGGGAGUUGUUGGCCAUUAUCAGGGCCAUCGAGGAACACCCUCAUCCGGACCUUCCGCUGGAAAUCCGGACAGACUCGCAAUACUCGAUCUCUUGCAUGACCCAGUACCUCCCCAAAUGGCUACGGAACGAUUUUGUCACAUCGACAGGCGAACCCGUCAAGAAUCGGGACCUGCUCAUCCACCUCUUGGCGCUCAUGAACCGAAUGGGGACGACCCGGAUCAGGUUGAAGCACGUCAAGGGGCAUGCCGGGCACGAGGGUAACGAGAUGGCCGAUCGUCUGGCGAACAUGGGCGCGGCGAUGCCUCAUCCGCCCGACAGAAUCAACUGGUUGACAUUGAAAGACGCCAACGAAUCCGCUCAUGAAGCGUGGAGGGAGAAGCACGGAAGUGCCUCUGCCGCUACCAAGAACGACAAUGUGCAGACGACGGCAGUAGGCGACCUGUCCAUCGAGAUCGAGGUCGACCCGGACUGGAUGAUGACCGAAGAGGAGAUGAAGGAGUUGGACGAGACGCAAGCGUUCUGAGUUUAAUGAUGGAAUACCCUUUGUCUCGCACGAAAGAGAUUCCGAUACAGGAAGACCGGGCUAGGCUGGGCUUGCGAUGUUUGAACGAUCCAUUUGUACAAGGGUUUAAGGGGAGACUGUACGUGUUACAGGUAAUGACACAGUG